AGUGAAUGUGCCUCUUGAGAUGAAAGGCAAUUGACAGAGUGAGCACUGGAGUUUGGACUUAAGUGGAAGUUCUGACUCACUCUAUCUCAAAGGGGAGUCAACAGAACAUCUCCUAUUGACACACUGCUGCAAAGACACUGUGACAGCACACUGUUAUGUUAGUGUCCCAGGAGGAUUCCAGUUUUGGCAAAUAGAUGCUACAGUCUCUCUUCAAGUAAUCUGAAGUCCCACCAUCUUGAAGAAACACCUCCAAUGGAAUGUGUAUGCGAACAGCACACCUUGAAGACCAGCAAGUACUAUAUAGACCUGUUGAAGUUCACGAACAAAAGGAAGUGGGAUACACAAGCUGCAAAUUGUACCAAGGGAUUAUUUGAGUUUACAGAAUUCAGAAAUCUUUAAUAAACUAAAUUAUAAGUUUUUGUUCCUGCAAUGGGUAACAAGUGCAAAACCCAUUUCUCAUGCCUGGAAGUGGUACUCAUUGUCCUCCUGGUGCUGAUGACAAUAAUUACUUUGAUUCUUCUAGUUCUUCUCUUUAUCCCGCAGAAAAGCAAGACUACAGGCAAGAAAAGCACAUUACUUAAUGCUACUGAUUCUAAGAACUACCGGAUUGGUGUUGGCCGCGCUGACUGUACUGGACCAGUUGCAGAAGUCCCUUUGAUGGGCUAUGCCAAUCCUGACCAGCGGGCUGGUGGAAUUCUCUCGCGUCUGUAUAGCCGAGCUUUCAUUGUGGCAGAGCCUGAUGAUUCCAAGAGAGUGGUGUUUGUCAGUGCCGACAUAGGCAUGCUGUCUCAGAGACUUAGGCUGGAGGUAAUCAAGAAAUUGAAGAGUAAAUAUGGGGAUUUAUACACACAAGACAAUGUUAUAUUGAGUGGCACUCACACCCAUUCAGCACCAGCAGGCUAUUUCCAGUAUACUAUCUUUUUGCUAAGUAGCAAGGGACUUAUCAAACCAUCUUUGAAUGCCAUUGUAAAUGGGAUUGUAAAGAGCAUUGAUAUAGCACACCAGAAUAUGACCAGAGGAAGGCUUUUUAUCAAUAAAGGAUUGGUAGAAAAUAGCCAAAUCAACAGAAGUCCUUACUCUUAUCUUCAGAAUCCAGAAUCUGAAAGGAACAGGUAUUCAUCGAACACGGACAAAGAAAUGGUGGUACUGAAGAUGGUAGAUGUAAAUGGAAAGGAGCUAGGUCUAAUCAGCUGGUUUGCAAUUCAUCCUGUCAGCAUGAACAACACAAACCUUCUCGUAAAUAGUGACAACGUGGGCUAUGCAUCGUACCUCUUUGAACAAGAGAAAAACAAAGGACUGCUUCCUGGAGAGGGAUCUUUUGUAGCGGCCUUUGCAUCAUCCAACCUGGGAGAUGUCUCACCCAAUAUCAAAGGCCCACACUGCAUAAACACAGGAGAGUCAUGUGAUAACCCCAACAGCUACUGUCCAGUAGGAGGGGCCAAAAUGUGUAUGGCUGCAGGUCCUGGCACUGAUAUGAUUGACAGUACAAAAAUUAUAGGACAAAAUCUCUAUUUGAAAGCAAAGGAACUGUUUACUCUGGCCUCCCAGGAGAUAACAGGACCUCUCCAUUCAACGCACCAGUGGGUGAAUAUGAGUAACGUUACUGUGCAACUCAAUGCCACCCAUACGGGUAAAACCUGUAAACCAGCCUUGGGCUACAGCUUUGCGGCAGGUACUACUGAUGGAGUGGGAUUCUUCAAUUUCACACAAGGGUCCCUGGAAGGAGAGCUAUUCUGGGAAAUCAUUCAUAACCAGCUGCUUGGAAAGCCAUCCAAUGAAACAAAAGAGUGCCACAAACCAAAGCCAAUCCUUUUAAAUACUGGAGAGAUUUCAUUACCUUACCCAUGGCACCCUGAAAUAGUUGAUGUUCAGCUUUUUACCAUUGGGUCCUUGGCAAUAGCUGCUUUUCCAGGCGAGCUGACGACAAUGUCUGGACGGAGACUACGAGAAGCUAUUAAAAGUGAAUUUGAAUCCCAUGGGACCCAAGGAAUGAAUGUCGUAAUUGCAGGCUUGUGCAAUGUUUAUACCCAUUAUGUUACUACCUACGAAGAAUACCAGGUUCAACGAUAUGAGGGAGCAUCCACCAUUUUUGGGCCACACACUCUCUCUGCUUAUAUUCAGUUGUUCAGAGGAUUGGCCAAGGCUAUUGCUACGAAUACAAUACAGGAUUUGCUGAAGGGUCCAGAGCCACCAUUCAUGUACAUAACCAACAUGACUUUGUUACCUGGGGUUCUUGCUGAUGUCGCACCAAUUAAUAAAACAUUUGGGGAUGUGUUACAGGAAGUGCGAGCACAGUACAGAGUGGGUGAAGUUGCUGAAGUAACAUUUGUAGGUGCAAACCCCAGGAAUUCUGCCGAGAAUACUACACAUCAAACCUUCCUAACAGUAGAAAAAUAUGAGAACAUUUCUGGAAAUUGGCAUGUAAUGUAUAAUGAUGCUUCUUGGGAUACCAGAUUUCACUGGACAAAAGGAUUCCUUGGUCGCAGCAAGGCCAAAGUGGAAUGGCAUAUUCCAUGCAGAAUCCAAUACUUUGGGCACUACAAGGUUCAACCAUUUCUGAAGUCUGCUCUGUUUCAUUCAUUCAAAGGCACAUCUUCAGUGUUUGAAGUUGUAAAAUUCUAGCUUCUUCCUCCUUGGGGGAAAAUUUUGCUUCAUAGUAAUAGUGUAUAUAAAUACAUAAUUUGGAAUUCUUGUUAGAGUACCAGUAAUUCAGUGCUAAAUGCAUUAGUUCACAUUCUUUGGAAUGAUUUGAUCUAUUUGAUCUUCAGUCCUCCUUGGCUGGUUUGAGGUAUUUCCAUUCUCAUUGCUCUUGCCCAGCCCUAUUAUCAUUGCAGUGAACUCCUACUCCAAUAAAUGAUUCAUCAUUUUUUUAAAGUCA